AUGGAUAAUUUUGAUGAGUAUCUACCCCUGCCGUGGCCAAAAUGGAAUAUAGGUCUUGGUUAUUCAACUAAAAAGGGUGCAUUGAUAGAAGAGUACAUGGGUGAAUAUAUGUUUAAGUGGUUAGUUAGAGAGAAACUUCUGAAUAUCGGCUGUCCGAAAGAAAAUUCUGUGUUCAUUUAUGCGAAUACGUUACAAAGAACUCGCGAAUCAGCGAAAGCAUUUGUACGUGGGGCGUUUAAGAAUUGUAAUAUCAGUGUUUUCAGUAUAGAUUCAACAGAAAUGGAUCCGCUUUUCAAUGCAAUUAUCCGGAACGAUUCUGAAGUGAUAAAGGAACCGAUUGUUAAGGAAAUGAGAAAGAAAUUGGAUGAACUUGAUCUCAGGAGGUCUUAUAUUGAAUUGGAAGAAGUAUUGGAUAUAAAAAAUUUAGAAAAAUGCAAAUUAGAAGGCCAGUGUCGUUUUGAUGUUACAGAAAAUAUAAUAUACUAUAAGCUAGGAGAGAUGGCGCUAGUCCAUGGUCCAUUGUCAUUCGCACAUAUGAUAGUAGAUUCAUUUCUUAUGAGUUACUAUGAUGGACAUCCAAUGGAAGAUGUUGCUUGGGGAAGAAUUAAAGAUGACGAACAAUGGAGUUUACUCACACAACUUAUGAAAGAAAGUCAAAAUGUCAUUUAUAACAGUACGUUGUUGGGAAGACAAGUUGGUAAACCUUUACUUGAAUACCUAACUUCAGUCUUCAAUGAUGAGAAAUCACCAAAAUUCACUUUGCUACAUGGACAUGAUGCUAAUUUGUAUUCUGUUUUAGCAGCAUUAGGUGUCAAAGAAUUUUCGUUGCCAGAACAAUAUGAGAGUAUACCCAUAGGUGGGAAGUUGGUGUUUCAGAAAUUAUAUGAUCGUAAGGAAAGGAGGUAUUUGUUGAAAUUGGAUUUUGUUUAUCUAACUAUGGAACAGAUCAGGAAUGGUUCAAAAAUAACUACAAAAAACCCACCUCGAGUGGUUCAAAUUAAAAUAAAAGAGUGUGCGAUUGGUUCAAACGGUUAUUGUUCCUGGAGAAAAUUCAUUAAACUACUGAAGAAUAUUUCCAGCGACUAA